CACAUGCUCAUGCCAAGCAUCGCUUCGCACCACGUGGCCGCAACCGUCCUCCUGGGGGCGCCGCGCGCCAACCUUUCACAAUUUGCAGCAGCCCCGAAGCCAUCAGCACAGGGAUCCCCGCAAGAGAGCCGCGGGAACGGGAGCCCAGGGCGCAGCGAGCGUUCUGCCGCCUGCCCCGGGCGCGCGGGCUUGCGGGACUCAGGCGUCGCCCCUCCGGGGCUUGGGGGAAGGGCGGAGCGCCCCCAGCGCGGCGACGGCGCUGGAGUGGGCCCGAUGGCCGACGACCCCAUGACCGGGGGCCAGGGCGCCGACGAGGAGGGGCUGAGGCAGAGGCUGGUGGAGACCCGCAGUACCGUCGAGGGACUCCUGAAGCAGCAGCAGGCCGAGCAGGCGCUGGCAGAGGCCCUCCGGCACCCGCCGUACGGCGGCUCGGAGGAGACCAAGGAUGCCAAGGCAGGCCUUCGGCACACCCUCCGCCGGCAGGGCCCGCGGCCGAGGACGCGAGCAUCAAGAAGGCCGUCGGCUCCCUCGGGGAGGAGGACUGAACACGCGGCUCUCACGAAGUACCUUUACAAGUUCUGGGAGUCCGGCCAGCCUGCCAGAACGAACGCUCAGUUGUUCACAUGGCACGCUGCUCUGGUAGAACAUGCUGGCCAAGGUUGUAUAGCACGAGCUUUGUACGACAUGAGGUGGCCCUGACGGCCCCGCGUCGCCGCGCCGGACCCCGCGCCGGACUCCGCGGCGGGCCAGCUCGGCAGGGCCCGCUUCGAUUCCUCCGACCCGAUGCGACGUCGCUGGAUUCCGACCCCGACUCGAGUCGACCUGGGAUCCCGAUCUGGGCUCCGGUCUCGUGUGUGGAGGCCUGGCAGCCUGCCGGGCCCCACCGAUUCGGCUGUGUGCCCGGUUCGGCUGCCGGUUUUUCCGCCGAGCCGAUUCGUGCCGAUGGCCGAGCCGGCUCGUCGAUGCGAGGCGAGGCAGCCGGCGCUUGCCUUCGGAGGGGGGCCCUCUUCUUGACCUGCCCCGAGCACCCCGUCGACCCGAGCUUUCCACUUGGGGCUGCGUCGGCCACGUCCUGGAGCGGCUCCUCGUGCGGCACGCCAGCGGCACGGGCUGAGGCUGCGCCGACGGCGCCCCUCGGGUGUCCACCCCUCGCCGCUCGCCCCGCCCCGCGCUCCGGGCCGUCGGCCCGCAGGGAGCCUUGAGGAUUACCCGAUCUCGGCAGGCUCUGGCCACAGUCUCCCUCUCCCUCCUCCUUCCCUCGCCAACGGCGGACGCGAGCGGGAGGAGUUCGAGAGACCAGAAUUGUGAAACGCCC